CCGUAUCUAUAUUUCCAUCACACGUCAUCCAUGUCAUGUGAACCGUGCACUCUCUCUUCAAUCACUAUUUUUGUUCACACAACACACACCACACUCUCUCUUCUCUUCUCUUUCCGAUCCUUUUCCUCCUACAUUGGACUUCCUUCAAACCCGCAUGGACUCUCUAGAACUCCCUCGCCUCCUUCUCCAUCACCCCCGCUCAUCUUCACCUCUAACUCGACCUCAAUACAAUUCCCGAUUCUUACCUCAAUUGCCUAAUUUCCCUUCUAAGCUCAAAAAUGCUACUAAAUAUGCCACCUUGCGAUCAAUUUCCGGCGGUGGUUCCGACGCUUCUAAAGACGGUCCAUCUGCCUUUGACGAUGACAGUGCUCUCUUAUUAUCCAGAGAGAUUGACGAUUUUGGCUCUCUCGUUGGAUUUCGCUUGAUUCCUGACUCUGGGAAAACUACCAAAACUCAAGGGGAUUUAAGGAGCGAUGAAGUCGAAAAAUUGGAGGUUGAGAAUGUAGGAGAAGAGAAGGCUAAGACAAGAGUGUCCUAUAACAUUGUUUUUGUUACAUCCGAAGCUGCACCGUAUUCUAAGACUGGUGGCCUUGCAGAUGUAUGUGGUUCUUUGCCAAUAGCACUGGCUGCUCGUGGACAUCGUGUCAUGGUUAUCUCUCCUAGAUACAUACACGGUACUGCCGCAGAUAGUAAGUAUUCUGGUGCAGUUGAUCUUGAUAGCGGUGUCAAGGUAUUUUGCUUUGGAGGUGUUCAAGAAGUUGGCUUUUUCCAUGAGUAUAGGGAAGGUGUUGAUUGGGUAUUUGUAGAUCACCCUUCAUUUCAUAGACCAGGGAAUCCUUAUGGAGACAAGUUUGGGACUUUUGGUGAUAAUCAGUUUCGGUUCACUUUACUUUCCCAUGCAGCAUGUGAAGCCCCAUUAGUGCUUCCAUUGGGAGGGUUCACUUAUGGAGAAAAAUGUCUAUUCCUCGUUAAUGAUUGGCAUGCCAGCCUAGUUCCAGUGCUUUUGGCGUCAAAGUAUCGUCCACAUGGGGUAUAUAAGGAUGCACGUAGUAUAUUAGUGAUUCACAAUAUUGCACACCAGGGAGUGGAACCUGCAAUUACAUAUAGCAAUUUGGGGCUGCCUCCAGAUUGGUAUGGAGCCCUGGGCUGGGUAUUCCCUACCUGGGCGAGGACGCAUGCUCUUGACACAGGUGAAGCUGUCAAUUUUCUAAAAGGCGCCAUUGUUACAGCCGAUCGGAUAGUAACAGUGAGCAAGGGAUAUUCCUGGGAAAUAACUACUAAUGAAGGUGGUUUUGGUCUACAUGAGAUAUUAACCGAAAGAAGAAGUAUUCUCAGCGGGAUCACAAAUGGAAUUGAUGUUACUGAAUGGGACCCAUUAUCUGAUGAACAUAUUGCUUGCAACUAUUCUGCUGAUGACCUUUCUGGGAAGGUGAAAUGUAAGAUUGCUUUGCAGAAGGAAUUGGGUCUUCCAGUGAGGCCUGAUUGUCCAUUGAUUGGAUUCGUCGGAAGACUUGACUACCAGAAAGGCAUUGACCUGAUUCGCCAGGCAAUUCCAGAGCUUAUGCAAGAUGAUGUUCAGUUUGUAAUGCUUGGUUCAGGAAACCCUAUUUAUGAAGAUUGGAUGAGAGCGACAGAGUUAGCUUAUAAAGAUCAAUUUCGGGGUUGGGUUGGGUUCAACGUUCCAGUAUCUCAUAGAAUAACUGCAGGCUGUGAUAUACUGUUAAUGCCAUCGACAUUCGAGCCCUGCGGACUAAACCAGCUGUAUGCAAUGAGAUAUGGAACUAUACCAGUAGUUCAUGAAACUGGGGGACUAAGAGACACUGUUCAAACUUUUAAUCCAUAUGCUGAAGGAAGCAAUGCUGAAGGAAGCAACGCUGAAGGCACAGGGUGGACGUUUUCUCCACUGACUAAGGAAAGCAUGUUAGUGGCUCUAAGAUACGCGAUUCAAACAUUUAAUGAACACAAGCCUUCAUGGGAGGGAUUGAUGAAAAGAGGUAUGACGAGAGAUUACACAUGGGUAAAUGCCGCCACUCAAUAUGAGCAAAUCAUUGAGUGGGCAUUCAUGGAUCCACCCUAUUGCUGAAAACAGAAAUGAAGUUUGCACACAGCAUCAAAGAUCAACACAAUAUUUUCUUUCAAUAUCAGAAGGCUAGAUAUCAGGAUUUGAGACCAGCUGCUUUUUGUUAUUUUACUAUUAAACACAAUUUUUUCCUACCAUUUGUUGAGGGGUGCACAUAUUAUAUAUUACCCUUAAUUGAGCUGUGAUGCUGUAUCCUAUGAUAGGUGCAUAAAAUCAGCUAGGUAGUCCUCGUGGGAUUUUGUAUACUGAUUGUAAUUCCACGUUGUUUUGUCACUAUAUAUGAAGCAUUUUAAUGCUAUUCCUAAGUUUACAGUACAGAGGCGAAAACAAUUGAUGAUAAA